UAAUUUAUAGGCUGGACAGUGUGAAUUGUUAAAAAUAUCAGCAGGCCUUACAAAGCUUGGUUCAUUUACCGAUAAGUUAUACAUAUGUAUUACUAAUAAUCCCCAUAUUGAUAUAAUCAAGGUAAUUAGAUAAAAAGAACAAAUUAAGAAAUUAUGUAAAAUAUAAUAUAUUAUAUAAAAUAGAUACAGAUAUUAUUAAGAAAGAUGUUUCAGCUUCAAUGCAAUGGCUCGAAAUUGGAUAUAAAAUUAAAGAACAAACAAUUAGCUUUUGGUCAAGUGCUUUUGUAUAGAAAAAGUUUGCUUACAUGUCUCAUCCAGAAUAAAUCUCCAAUAGAUAUAUUUUGGUAUUUAGUUCUUGAUAAACCGUUAGAUCCUCAAAUCUCGAUUACACCGAUAAAGGGAAUUGUCAAAGCACAAAGUGAUCAACAGAUUGAAUUCUGUUAUCAUGCCAGCAAAAUCGGAAUAAUCGAGGGAAGUUUGAUUUUCAAAGCUUUCUUUCACGAAGACGAUGCGGAACCUAUUUUUACGGAAACUCUUACUUUAUCUGGCGAAACGUACGACGUUGCUGUUGACAUCAAUCACGCAAAUCCAAUUGACUUAAAAUGCGUAAAAGUUGGUUUUCCCACGAGUGCAAAUUUUUCAAUAAGCAAUCGGGGAAAUCAUGAAAUUAAAUAUGUCGUACUUGUGGAAGAGCAAAACAAGUUAGCUAAAUUUGUGUCAAAUUUGUCAAUAAAAUUGAAUGAGGAUAUAAAAAUUAAUCCUGUUUCGGAUACUAUUCAACCAAAAAAAGAAACUACUAUACAAAUAACUUUUAUACCAAAAAAUGAAAUGACUCUAAAAGAAUGCCCGAUACUCCGAUGUCACAUUUUUGAUGUAAAUAAAGAAGCUGCUGUAAUUGCUAAAGUUCCUCUCACAGUUUCUGUAGUUGCAUAUUACACUAGAUUUCGCGUUUAUCCCCAUAAGAUAAAUGUUGCCUCACUUGCCAUAUGCAAAAAAACAAUGUAUCUAAAUGUGGAAAAUAUUGGACAAUUUCCUCUUCAUUACUCCAUUAAAACAGCACCUAUUAAACAUGCAUCUACUGGAUAUAUGACAGAAAUUAAAACAGGAAAUGCAAUCAAAAAGAAUCUUGAUAAAUUGGCAGAUUUGUCAACAGAAAAAACAGAUAAAUCACGAAUCGAAAAAUCAAACGAUAGAGAAGCGCAAGAAUUUUUUACUACGUUAAAAAUUGGUCCUUUUACUGUAACAAAAACCGAAGGAAACCUUCAAUCCGGCGAGAUCGAUACAGUGACAAUCGAGUGCUAUCCGGAAUUCGUAGGCUUUCAAGACGAAGAUAUAAUAAUUCUCGUACCCGAUAGCGUUCCCGAAGAUAGAAAUGGCAAAUUAAUAAAACUAUCUGUUAAUUCCUGCAUACCCAGUAUCGAUCUUCAUGAUCUUGAUGCAAUAUUCCAGGAAAAUCAUAUUGUGGAUCGCAUUGAAAAUUUUAUUUGUCCAAUAAAUGAUGCACAUACUGUAUUUGUGCGUCAAGAGAAAUGCUUGUACUUUCGUUACGUCAGCGUAUUUCACACCCAUACGACGUAUUUCAUACUUUACAAUCGAAACAUAAUACCUGCCGACGUGGAACUGACUCUAUUUGCAAAUUCAUUUACAUCGGAAACUAUGAAAUCUGACACAUUCAUUCUGACACCUGAAAGAGAACGUAUUCCGCCGAUGAGUCACAAGAGGUUCGCAAUUUCAUUCAGUCCAACGCUUAUAGAGGCAUAUUAUGCAGCCUUCGAGAUAGAAGUCGAACUUCCUCCACAUUUAAAAGAUGAGAAAUUUUCUGUUAAAUUAGUUGGGCAAACAUGUGUGCCAGAAGUGACAAUUGUCGAGCCACCAAGUGGAAAACGAGAACGAAUUAUUUUAAAUUUUGGUCGUACACUAAUAGAUGAUUCUAAUGAAAGAAAAUUUGUAUUUCAAAACGUCGGCGUGAUACCAGCAAAAGUGAUUGUCGAAAUUUAUGAGGAUCCAAAUUUCUUUUUCUCUCUCAAUACUUGCGAGAGUAUACAAAACAUGUCAAGUUGGAAUUAUAAAAUUGAUUUGUCAAACAAUCAAUGUGCCGUAGUUCAUUUAAUGCCCAAGGAAACAAUUUCGCUCAAAGUAAAAUUUACUCCACGAGAGAUCGGCAAAUUCGAAAGUCAAGUGCGACUUUUUAUUGUUGAUAAUCCAUACGAAAAUCUAAUAAUUGAUUUAAAGAGCGAAGCAUAUGCAGAAUUAAUUCAAGAAUCUAAUGCCAGAUCACGAAAAUCAUCAAAUAGUAUUGUAGGAGUUUUAACACCGACAACACUCUCGGUUUCAUUGGCUUAUAAGCUGGAUUACGGAUGUUGCUUUGUUAAUAAAAUAUACAGAAAGAGUUUCAAAAUUAUUAAUAAAUCAAUAAAUCGAUAUUUACGCUUCCAAUGGAGUGCACAUUCUAAUGUCGUAUUUACUCCAUCCAUCGGUCAUCUCAAGCCUUUGACUUGCAAGGAAAUCGUUGCAACAUUCCUUUCUUCAGAGCCAGCAAUUUUCACCAACAUGAAUCUUGAUUGUAUGAUUUGUGGGAUCGAAUUUACCGAUCCUUCGAAAGAAUCGUCCUGGGAUGAUCGAGAAACAGAAGUGCGAUGGGUGACAAUAAAUUCUAAUACCGAAGAGCAAGAAACAAAUGUAGAAACUUUGGCUAAAAAAGCAGUUGAACCCAUUAAUGAACCUGAGCAUGAAAUCAUACCUGGCACAACAAAGUGCAUUCAAGUGUUACUUAAUGCAACUGUCGAUUUCUCCAAAUAUUCUUGCCCCAUUAAGGAAAUUAAUUUAAAAAAUACGCUAAUGUUUCAGACAAGCGAGCACACAUUUAUUUUUUUGAAUACCGGCCUCGUCGAGAUUGACUACACAUGGCAAAUAAAUAUGGAUGAGCAAUAUCCGGUGAAAUCGGCCGCGAAUUAUUCGCGAUCCACGCCAAGAUCACGAAAAAAUGAUAUUCGAUCUAAAACUAUCUCAUUAAUGUACACGACUCACGAACAACGACACAAUCUAAGUUGCCUGACGAUGGAGAUUGAUAAGAACGUUAAAUCGAAUCGUCGACAACUCCUAUCAUCUCGAGAGAACCUCAUUGAAGUAAAACCAAUUCGCCACUGCGGUCCAUCUGAUCUCUUCAGCAGCAGCGCUGCAUUGACAGAACGAAGUAGUGACAGUUGGUUGGAAAGCGACGAUCUGCCAUUUGGAAUCUAUCCCGAGAAGGGAAUUUUACCACCGGGUGAAUCCAUGGAAUGUGUCUUACGAUUUUCUCCUAUGGAUGUAUUCGACUACAAAGCGUAUCUCGUGUGCAAAAUGGAGAAUCUCGACCCGGAUCUGUCAGAAUUGGUUAUUCCUAUCGUGGGAAGAAGUUUGUUACCAUAUUGCCACUUUGACAUACCAGAAAGCGACUAUUUGUCCGGUGAUAAACGCGACGCAAAACUGCCAGGACCCAUCGAUUAUCAACCGAAUGGUAAUUCUCUUCCAGAAGGCACAAGAGUGAUCGAACUCGAUGUGAUCGGAAUUGGCGGAUCUCACACGAAAAAUUUCCGGAUGAUAAAUCCAACAUCGGAUGAUUAUUAUUUCGUCUGGAAAGAUCAAACUCGUCACGUCGAAGGCGAGAUCUCGAAAUUUCAUUGUGCACUUCUGGAAGGAAUCGCUGAGCGAGGAAAACAAGUCGAUUUCGCAUUUACCUUCUUCGCGGAAGAUAUCGGUACCUUCGAAUCCUUCUGGUUGUUCCGUGUUGAAAAAUACAAUCUGGAAUGUCUCUUUCUGUUCGUUGCGACUGUCAGAGAACCAUCAGUAUGCUGUUCACUCGCGCAUCUGAAAAUGAGACCAACCAUACUGGGCAUCAAUGUGCGAGAAUCAGUAAGCGUAAUUAACAACGAAGAAUUUCAAAUUCCCUUCCAGAUCGUGCGGAAUUCUUUAUAUUCUGAAGGACGUCUUCAGUAUUUAAAAAUGACGCCUAUGAAUGGCAUUUUACAAGCAAAAGGCGAACAGAUAUUUUGGAUCGAGUAUCAUCCUACACUUGUUGGCGAAUUUCAAUUUUCUGUAAAAUGUAAUGUAAAAAGAAUGAAAGUACCGCUGAUUAUAAAGAUCACAGCAAUAACGUAUGAUAUUAUCGUUUCGGUUACAUACGUCGAUCAGAAUGGCCAGACAAUGCGACUAGAUCAAGAUAAAGAAAAUAUCAUUCACUACGGAAAAUUAAUGCUAAGAACACCUGCCACUAUCACAUUUGAAAUAACAAACUCGAGCGAAAUGGCGCUUUAUUAUUCUUGGGAUCUCGGCAUGACACCAGAAAUAAUUAGCAGAAAUAUGUACACGAUUGAGACAUCUCAAAAGCAAGAUCGUGUGCUUAGCGAAUCGCGAUCUAAUUGUUCUCUCAUUGUUACAGCAUUACAAAAGACAGUGAUAAAAAAUCAUCUUAUCCUCUUAAAGAUUUCCAGAGGACCGAUAUAUCGAAUAAUCUUAAAAGCAACGGCAAAUAAACCAGUUUUGCAGUUCAGUUUUAAUCAUUAUGAUUUUGGGCCCUGCUACAUUCGAGAUACUACUGCAGCUCCGUAUCACGUUGAUUUACGCAUUACGAAUUUAGAUGAUGUUCCAUAUAUAUUGGAGUGCAAAUUUGAGGAGAAACCACAUAUUUCCGUAAACUUAAACGCUCUUUCAGAGACAUUAAUCGCUGGGUCAAGUAUUAUUAUUCCGAUAACAUUUCGACCUCUGGAACAAAUAUACUAUCGCGAUAAUCUGCAUUUUAUAAUCAAUUCGACAAUCGAAAAAAAAAUUACUAUAACUGGCGAAGGAAUUAUAUAUAAGAUUCGUUUGGUAAAUCCGCGCGAUAAAUUAGUGGAUCUUGGUAACUUACCAAUUAACAAAAUGAUAAGCAGAAAAGUGCCAGUGAUCAACGACGGACGUGCUCCGCUUGAGAUAAAAUUCGAUUUCAUAAAAAAUCUAUCUGGAUAUGAUCGAUUUUGCAAACAAAUUCAGAUUUAUCCGGAGAAGAUCGAUCAGGAAAAUUCCAAAAUAGAUUACACUCUGGCAUCAAUUUCUGAAACGAAACGUUCGCAUACAUUUGAUUUAGCUCUUCAGACAGAAGCCAAUCUGUCUGAAGUUCUGGAGAUUGAGCCGGCAGAAUCAAUUAUACUUCAACCGGCGAAGAUCUCGAAUAUUGUCAUAAAAUACAAAUCUACACGCAGAAUGCGUCCUUUCGUCGCUAAAAUGGCUUUUCAAAUUAAUUCCACAAUUCAACCAUUAUUUAUUUUACGCGGAAGCUGUAUAGGACCGGAAUUUCGCCUGAACAGAACCCACGUUCCUUUUGGUGUAGUAGUUCAAGAUUGCCUCAGCAAAACAAAAAUAAUUUUAUUGAACACGGGAGACGUUGGUGCUAGAUUCAAGUGGAACACAUCGAAAUUGCCUCGAGAUUUUAGCAUUACUCCUGCGACCGGUUAUUGCUCUCCCGGCAUGAACGUCAACUUCGAUGUCAGUUUCCAACCUACUCGGCAUGACAAUUUGAUUGAGGGCGAUGCAACGCUUGAGAUUGAAAAAUAUGCAGACCUCAGUGUAAGAAUUACUGGAACUAGUUGUAAGCUACCUGACCCAGUUGAUACUCUAUUCUUUUCGUGUCGCGUCCGCGAAAAAACAAUGACAUCUCUAAACAUCGAAAAUGACACCGCGUCUCUUUGGAAAUUGAAACCGAAGAUCACCGGAGAUUAUUUUUUUGCCGACGAAGUCUUACACGUUCCUUCGAAAAGAUCUAUUGCCUGCAUGAUCGGCUAUGCCCCUUUAGUCAUGAACAACGAAAGCAACCCUCACAAAGGUACGUUGCUUCUAAAGUUGCCAAAUGAUAAAGCACCUUUGGUGUAUUGUCUUCAUGGGCUGAGUUUAGCUCCACAAGUUCUCCAAAGGAUUACACGUCAGUUUCCCGCAAAGACAAAAUAUACUGAAUUGUUACCUGUAUACAAUUGGUUGAAUAGGCAGCAACGAUUCGAAUGCAAAAUUGAGAAUAUAAACGAUAAAGAGAAUAUCGAAGUAUUCACUUUUAUUGGUAAUAGUAAAAUAGACGUGCCGGCGAAUAGCCAGCGAGAUUAUCGUGCAGAAUUUCACUCUUACAAAACAUCAAAAUACAACUUUAAAGUAACAUUCACCAACGAAGAGGGCGAAUAUCAAUUUUACGAAUUACAAUACGAUAUUACAAGACCCCAAAAAAUCGAAUCGAUCAAAUUGAUCACUACGGUACGAUCUCCAAUAUGCCAUGUUUUAAAACUCGAUAAUCCACUUAAGGAGUACAUAACAUACACAGCAGAAUGUCAUCAUCCCUGCAUCACAAUUCACGAUGUUCCAAAACUCGUGGCGCCUUUAUGCAGCGAAACCGUCGUUAUCGAGUAUCGCCCUUUAUACCCUGCUGAAGAAUCCGCGAUAGACUUGAAUGUUAACUGUGAAGAACUCGGAUUAUUUCCCUACGAAUUGCGAUUACGAGCAACGCCGGCAUCUGCAGAAAAGACGACACAUGUUGUCGCGAGGCUCGGUGAUUCCACCACGUUCUCCCUGACCAUAAGCAAUCACGCCCGGCAGACUGUGGUGUUCGCUAUUAAGGUGAAUAACGAAUGUUUUACGACUCCGAAAGAUGUUGAGGUGCCGAUGUUGAAGAGCGCAUCAUUCGAUGUAACUUAUGAGCCCUAUGACAUCGACAAUGUUUUUGCUACUUUGACAGCCACAUCCCAGAUUGCCGGCGAAUUUGAAUUUCCUCUCGUUGGCACGUACUCGUUACCGAAACCUCGAGGACCAUAUAAAAUCACUGCCGAUGCACCAGCUUCUAUACCAUUCAAGAAUAUAUUUAGAGAAGACAAAUCUUUCGAGCUUAUCUUAGAUAAUCCUGAAGCUUUCACAACAGCAACGUCAUUGGACAAAAUUAAACAGAAACAGGUGGUUGCUAUCAUUGUUUGUCUAAAAGACAUAUCAAACGGAAAACCGGAAGAUAACAGUUAUCCAAUAACCGGAAAGCUUUCUGUAUAUUGCACGGAUCCCAAGGUUUCCCACAUCAGUUGGAUUUAUUAUUUAAGAGGUGUACGCGAAUAAUGCACAAUGAAAUUCAAACAACAAC